AUGUCCACAAGCUUCAGUGGUUUGCCAAUACUGCUGCAAUCUUCAUAUGUGAAGUUAAGUGAACAGAUCCUUGUCGAGACUCUAAGGGUUGAAUGUAAAGAUGAGGUUGUUGAAAAAGAGAAAAUUCGGAUGAAAGACGAGAGGAUCCAACACAUUUCCUCUCCUUCCCUUAUUUCAAUGAAGAGAUUGUGGGCUAAGUAUCGACAAUCUCGAGAUGAAGAUCAUGAAGAGAUGUGUACGACUAAUGCUCUUGUGGUAGCAGUAGUCGCUGAAGCUGAAGCUUCCUCUCAAACACGACGAGGGGGUUCUCGACCGGGGCGUGCACCGAAUGAGGAGCGAUUUAGGGAAUCAAGAGGGAAAAACAUGAUGGAAUAUUACUUUGUGGAGUGUCCAGUUUUCAGUGAAAAGGAGUUCCGGACACGGUACAGGAUGAGUCACAAUGUUUUCAACCGCAUCUCCAGUGACCUUUGUCGCUAUGACCGGUACUUUGUUCAGAAAUCAGAUGCUGCUAAGAAAGUCGGACUACUUCCCCAGCGGAAGCUGACAUGUUCCUUAAGAAUGCUUGCUUACGGUGCUGGGGCAGAUCAAUGCUUUGAGUAUUGUCGGAUGGCGAAAUCUACCGCCAUCGAGGCUCUGAAACGAUUUACAAGAGGAAUCGUUAAUCUGUACUCGGCAGAAUACCUCCGGGCUCCUACUCCGGCCGACCUCAGAAGACUUCUUGCCAAAGCUGAGAGAAGAGCAAUCGCUUCUUAUGCCUUCUUUGGAAUGCCUGGAUCAUGCAACGACUUCAACGUGCUUGCUAAGUCCCCGUUGUUUGACGAGCUCAUUGCUGGUCGAGCCCCUCAGAUCCAAUUUCAAGUGAAUAACAGAAUUCACAAUUUAGGCUACUAUCUCGCUGAUGGUUCCUAUCCGCAAUGGGCGACUUUCGUGAAAUUAAUUCCAAGGCCUACACGACCCAAGGAUCUGAAGUUUUCCCAGGUUCAAGAGGGGUACAGGAAGGAUGUUGAAAGAUGUUUCGGCAUUUUACAGUCGCGCUUUAGUAUUGUUCGAGGAGCGGCUCGUGGCUGGGAUAGAGAAGACCUUCGAUACAUCAUGCUGACUUGUAUUAUAUUACACAACAUGAUAAUCGAGGAUGAAAAACCAGAUGACAGCGAUGAAGAUUUGGAGUCCGAUGAAGAAGAGGAUAACAAUAUGAGGCCCAGGUUUGGGAAGGACCGACCGGUGAUGACUUUGAUCCUGUUGGUAGAGAUGGUUAUUAUUUCAACGGAUUCAUGGAUCGAUACGAUGCCCAUUAGAAGUGCAAACAGUCACUCAAACCUUCAAGAAGAUAUGAUAGAGCAUUUCUGGAACAUUCAAGGCAACCUGGAGAUCUAG